AUGGACCACGAUGACCGAGGUGCAUCUUCGGCCGCCGUGGACGAGAGCCACGGAGGGGCCAGUGAUACGGAGCCGCAGAACCAGCUGGAGGUCGUCUUCUACCCCGAUUCCAGCCACCGCCGCAAAUCUUCCCUAGUGACCAUGGAGAAACCCCGAAUGAGACACCACGAUCCACAGGACAGGACGACAGCUUGUUAUGUGCAUUCACUCAUCGCGGGCGAAUGGGCAGCGCCCUUACCCAAAGCUUUUGAUAGGCAAGAUGUGAUCAAUGCUGUGACCGAAAAUGAACCUGCCGUCGAUGCGAAGGCCCUUGGCGAUGAUAAUGUCGUCUCCAUUGUCGAUAGCGAUAACAAAACGCUCAAGGUCGAACCCACAGUAAUCCAAUCCCGACAUCUGACAAAGCGCCAGCUAUCCGACAUGGCUUGGAACGUGCGGAAGCUCUCGAAGAAGCUAGGAAGCAUCAAACUCAAACUGACGGUGAAGAACGUCUUCAUCGUGAGCAAGACACAUGAUGAGUCUUUAGUGAGCUUAACUAGGAAGGUGACUCGCUGGCUACUCUCUAAGGAUCGUGAUGCGCCGUACAAUGUCUACGUGGAACGCCGCAUGGAAACCCAUCCGGACUUUGGGACGUUGCAGUUACUGCAGGAUGAACCAACAGCCCAGGGUCGGCUCAAGUUCUGGGAUCCUAAGCUCGCACAGGAACAGCCCCACCUUUUUGAUUUUGUGAUCACCCUCGGUGGGGAUGGCACAGUUCUCUAUACUAGCUGGCUAUUCCAGCGUAUUGUCCCGCCUGUUCUGUCAUUUGCGCUUGGGUCAUUGGGUUUCUUGACAAACUUUGACUUUGCUGAUCAUAAAAAGAUUCUGGAAAACGCCUUUCGAGAUGGUGUGGUUGUCAGUCUUCGGUUGCGAUUUGAGUGUACGAUUAUGAGAAGCAAGGCGCGGCUGAAAGAUCCGCAUAGUCGCACUUUGACGAGUCGCGACUUGGUGGAGGAGUUGAUUGGCGAGGAAGGGGAAGAUACAUUGACCCAUACUCCGGAUCGAGUAUACGAGAUUCUGAAUGAUGUUGUCCUGGACCGUGGACCCAAUCCAACCAUGUCAUCAAUCGAGCUAUUUGGCGACGACGAGCAUUUCACUACUCUGCUUGCCGAUGGAAUUUGCAUUGCCACACCGACGGGAUCGACAGCGUACAACCUCGCGGCUGGGGGAUCGCUCUCUCAUCCCGAGAAUCCGGUGAUCUUGGUAACGGCCAUUUGUGCCCAUACUCUCUCAUUCCGUCCGAUCAUCCUUCCCGAUACCAUCGUGUUGCGUAUGGGUGUUCCCUACGAUGCCCGGACUAGUUCAUGGGCCAGUUUCGAUGGUCGGGAGAGAGUAGAAUUACAUCCAGGCGACUAUGUUACAGUGUCGGCGUCGAGAUACCCGUUUGCCAAUGUCUUGCCUCAGGACCGACGGGGCGAAGACUGGGUGCACAGCAUUUCGAAAACGCUGAAUUGGAACUCUCGUACGAAACAGAAGAGUUUCAAAUAA